AUGGGUACAGCUUGGGAAUUAACACAAGCUCUCAAGGAUCAAAUAUUCAAAUAUGCUUCUUUCAACCAAACCCCGGUUUCCUUGAGACAGAUGGUCCAAUUUGGACCGGUUCCUUCCCCAGGUUCAAUUUUCUUAGCAUCAAGAUUUAUCGUUGAAGAGUUACCAAUCCGAUUGGCUAAAAAAGUGAAAGAUUUGGAGAAUGCCCCAUUAGGAUUGAAUGAAAUGCCAUCAACAAUUCAGGUGAAAAAUUGGUAUGCCCAAUCCUUCCAAGAAUUAACGGAAUUACAUAAACCAAAGAUAAGCGACGAGUUGGCAAAGCUUUUAUCCAAAGGUGCCAGUAAACAUUCUCUACCAGAGGACUCGAUAACUGAAAAACCACAUGUCAAACAAGAGAUACAUCGUAUACCCGAUCUGCUAGAUGACAACCCGGCAAUCAAUAAUAUUUUUAGCGACGAUGGGAUUGUUGUCCGACAUCACCACCAUCACCAUUCCAUUUCCAGAGCAAGACCCCGUUUAAGUGAUAACACCCAAACAAGAGUUGAAUCACCAACUUAUGGCAUGUCGUAUUUUAGUCCGUGUCAGGGAAACAUUGUGUGGCCAAAAGAAGUUUAUGAUUACAACAAAUUGGUUCGUGAAACAUUGGAAGUAAUUAAAAAAAGACACGAUGCUACAGUGGCAACCAUGGCCCAAGGAGUUCAAGAAUGGAAAACUAAAAAUCAAACUGUGAUGGUCAAUUCUCAAAUCCAGACGUUUUUAGAUCGGUUUUAUAUGUCGAGAAUUGGUAUAAGAAUGUUGAUUGGUCAACAUAUUGCUUUAAAUAUGGCCCAGAAUUCACCUACAAAGCAGAGAUUAAGUUCAUUGAUUAACGGGUCUCAAGGAACCACCAAGAAGCCUCGUUCAAAUUAUGUUGGUGUCAUAUGUACUGAUUGCAAUGUUGGGGAAAUUGCUGAAGAUGCUAUUGAAACUGCCAAGUACAUUUGUGAAGAAUAUUAUGGGUUAUUUGAAGCCCCAGAAAUACAGUUGAUUGCACCUCAACAAGACAUAAAUUUUAUGUAUGUUCCUGGACACUUGAUUCACAUGCUUUUUGAAACUUUGAAGAACUCUUUGAGAGCUACCAUCGAGUUCCACACACCAAAGUUGAAACAAAAGAUGAUAGACGAAGAUCCAAAUUUGAAAUUUGACGAAAUCGAUAUAAAUGAUUUGAAAUUUCCACCUAUAAAAGUAAUUAUCCUGGAAGGUACCGAAGACAUUGCAAUAAAAAUUUCUGAUGAGGGUGGUGGUAUACCUAGGUCAUCAUUGCCGUUGAUUUGGACGUAUUUGUACACAACCGUGGAUGAAACACCAAAAUUAGAACCAGAAUAUGAUCAAACCUCAUUCAAAGCACCAAUGGCUGGUUUUGGUUACGGUUUACCCAUUAGUAGAUUAUAUGCACAAUAUUUUGGUGGUGAUUUGAAGUUGAUUUCCAUGGAAGGCUAUGGAACUGAUGUUUACUUGCAUUUGAAUAGAUUGAGUAGUUCUAAUGAACCGCUCCCAUGA